GGGUGAGAGCGGAAGUCGCUCUGGUGCCACACUGAUCGGGGUCCGUGCGAGGCCGGAAGUAACUGGAGAGUCACUGAAUGGGGUCCGGGCUCGAGCGCCUUUAGCCGCCGCCCACUUCAGUUCUCGGCCGAUUUUUGCCAACUUUUGCGCCCUCGGGUUCCGUCCCCGUGCAGCCCUUUUAACGCGUUGCUGUCACGCUGCGCCGCGCGCCUCUUGGAGCAGCCGGCGAGCGACGGCGGUGUCUUCCUGCGCGGCUCGGGAGCAUGCGCGGCUCGCUCGAGCGAGCGCAGCCGCAGCAGGGACCGUGGAGCGGAGCGGAUGGAGCGGGAGCCGGGGGCUGCGGGGCCGGCGCGGGCGUUGGAGCCGCUGCGGCACCUCCGUGAAGUGCUGCGGACGGCGCUGUCCCGGAUCCGAGAAGGGGAGUCGCGGGAGAGCAGCGAGACCUUCGAGCAGCAGCGCUUCUGGGACACGCUAGGUCAGACGUUUAAAGCGACAUCCCAGGAAGCUACGAAGUUGAGUCUGGCAUUCUCAAGGCCUCCACUGCCUUCUGCAGAGGACUGUCAGAAACUGAGCGAAGGCGUCCAGAAUGCUGUCCUGGCAGCUGCCACAGUGUAUUACUGGCUUCCCAAGGGCCAAGGUACCACUCUGCGGAAGAUGGUGCGAGAUGCCACUGCCGAGGUAGUGGAAGGAAUGAUCCAGCUCACAGACGUGAUUCUCCGUACUCCACGGCAGAGUUUGUCUCAGGAGCAGCUUAUAUCAACUGGUAGCAUAUGGGAGGCAUGUGAGCAGAUUUCCCAUCUUCCACAAGAUAACCAGGCAGCAGUCCUGUCAGCCAUGUCCGCCUAUCUGGGUGUGGUCAGGGAUGCAGUGGAGGAAAUGGAGCAGGCUCAGGGGGAAGAUCGGGACCCCUACAGUGACAUCAUGGAGGAUGAGGAGUUGGGCUCUCGGGGCAAUAGGGACACCUACUGGUCUGAGGCUGACCGGAAGCUACUUGGUCCCUGCAUGGGGCUGAUGAAGGCCUCCAAAGCCUGCCUGAAGAAGCUCUUGGGUGCAGUGAAGGUUCACGGCAAAGCAGACACCCCAGAACAGGUGGCUCAGCUAGAUGAUCUUGCAGACAUCACCAAUGAGAUCAGCCCGAGUGUUGAUGAGCUGGCACUGAGUAUGUAUCCACCCAUGAACCAGCUGUCUGUGCGACUCAAUGCUGCCAAACUGGCCUCUGUAUUAAAGAAAGUCCUAGAAAUUACAAAGUCAAGCCAUGUGUGUCCCCCAUCAGAGGAAGGCUGGGUUCAGUUUCUCACUGGUGCAGUAGAUCACAACAUGGACAAAAUUAAGGACUUCACACAGAGUGAACUUUAGUGCUUCUGCGGCCGGGUACUCUAACAGCUGCCUUUCUGGUGCGUCUGGUCAUUCCCUGAACACAGGGAGAGCAAUGGGGUUGGCAUUUGAAGGAAGAGCUUUUCCAACCUGGAAGAACUUUGCAAAUGCAAAGUGUGACUUGCUGGUCUUCUCUGGCAAUUGCCAACACUGCCACCCUUGAUUUGUUUCCUGGGACAAUGAGAAGCUGCAUCUUGAUGUUGUGAAUGUGUCUUGCCCCCUUGGACUUGGCUCUAGGGCUGCCCUACAGGGCAGAAAGGGCAAUAAAAUGUCACUAGGUUCACAUGGUGGCUUUGUUCUAUGGAGGGGGAAGGGUUUUUCUACCUUCAUGAGGCUGGACUGGAUCCGUGAAGGGUACAUUUUCUCCUGCCAGCCUGAUAAUGUAUGGAGUGAUGCCCUCACUUCCCUCUGAAUCAUGGGAAAGGAAUAGAGGAAUUUGCUCCCUUCCAGUGAGGAUACAGUGGGAACUGUUAUCUGCUAGUUCAACAACUCCCUGGCCCUGUGGGCACUAGAGUGCAGUUUUAGGGAGAUGCAGCAUCUUCCCCUUAAAAUCCCAGGCUGAUGCUCUUUUUUUCUCCUUGAUUCUCCUUGAUAGCUGAGGCACCCUGAUGCCAUGGGGAUGGGCAUAGUAUAAAGGUACAGUGAGAAAUCAGUGCCUAGCUGGGAUGGUUUUGCCUGGACUCAGGGGAUGUUGGGCUAGAUGGGCAUUAGGCUGAGAACAUAAUAAGACAAUAUUUAACAUGGCUUAAAUGUGCCUUGAAUUAGAGUGAAUGUUGCUGACUCCUGUGUAGCUCCACCAUCCAGCAUAAACUCCCCUCCCUGGAGAGAACCCACGUUGGGGUUGGGGCUCAGGAUAGUAGCACCUGCUAUACGCUGGGAUCUAGCAGCCACAGUGUUGAUGCUUCUGUCGCCCUUCAUAUUCUGGCUACAGUCAAGAUGCACGGUGAGUCUUCUGGGCCCUGUCUGGAUGGGGUGAAAGGGGAUGGGUAAACGCAGCAUCCUGCCAGGCUGUACAGAGCCCAAUCUGCUAUGUAGGAGGAGACAGUCUAGGCAGUGCAGUUAUUUGCUUUGUUCAUAGUUCUCGGGGGCUGGAGAUGCAUUUGACAGGCACCAAUAUGGAGAAAGAAGAAAGGGCCAGAGUUCUGAUAGCAGAGCAUUGGGGAAGGACUGGGGGCUGUAAGGGAGGGGAAGCUAAGGCAAAGGGAGUGAAAACUCUCAAAGGAUGUACCUGUCCCCCACUCCUUGCGAUCCCCCAUUCAUGUUUGGGGAUUAUCUGCAAAGCCAGCGAUAGACAUUUAGUAAAAACCUUCUGGAAAAAGGGCAAGAGGAGGAUGGCUGCACCUCGUGGUCUAGGAGGGCCCUAUAGUUUUCUGAACUGCCUGGGGCAGUCUCUUCCAAGACCAAAUCGGCCCAAUAAAGACAUGGACACUUAUAAAGAGCUCAGCCAUGUUUUGCUUUCUUCCUCUGUAUCCCUCUCCUUGGGUUGAACUCGGGAUGAAACUGGUUACAGGGGCCCCUGAAGAGCUGGAAAAUCUGGCAGCUGGGCCAAGGGAACUGCCAUCAGCAGAGCUAAGACCACUGUGUCUCGUACAGGUGGGUAUGUACUUAUACUACACCCCAAGGAAUGUAGCACUGUGCCAGACAAAUUAAUAUCCAACCGUGGGGGGGAGAGCCUCUUGCACUCCUAGGGAUGGGAGCUUUCUGCAAACCAAGGAAGUAGGCUUGUCUCUUACACCAGCAGAGAAGCAGGGGGGAUUUGCUAUACUGCUGGGCAUUGCUAACACCCACACAGCUGCCUCUGAGAGAUGGUUUGAAAUGUCCCAGUCAGCAUUACUUACAAGCCUUGGCUGAAUAAAUAGUUUAACGCCGUUGUCCAAGCAGCUGGAACUUGCUCCCUGACCCAUGCUGAAAAUUCCUCAGGGAGAACAUGCACAGCUUAAUGCAGUAAACAUCUCCUCCAUGUUUUGUUGACGUUUCAUCUCCAUGCCCCCGGUGAUGCUUUAGUGUUACCCUUAUGUGGUUCCUCUUCGACUGCUCUAUCAGUGGGGCUGAAGCUUUUCCCAAAUGCCAUGUACUCAGUUUGUCUUUCAGUAUUAAACAUUUGUUGCAAUUUUU